CCGACCGUCUCGAUGGAGAAAAGCGGAGUUGGCGCAUCGGGCGAUGAGCCCAAAUCACCCUUCCGAAGCUCCACCACGUUUGAGGAGAGAAGCAUGAUGGAGGACCUCAUCCAGGAGAACAUCGAAAUCGAGAUCAACGAGAAUGCAUUCUCGUCUUUGGAAUCCCCUGAUCUGGAGAAGGUGAAUCCGCUGCCAGAUGCCCGCCCCUGCUUGCAUGUGCGAUUUCCAUCGUCUUUGCAAUGCAGGCUCGUUUGGCCAUUCCCUCUCACUUUCUGAUCAUCUCGCCAGAUUCGACCUUUCGCGUGGUGUGGGACCUGGUUGGGGUGGUGUUCAUCCUCUACCAGACACUGAUGAUCCCCUUCCUGCUGUCAUUCAGUGUCACGCCCACAGGUCGGCGAAUGCGGAUCAGAUAGGCAUUGCUGAUCGGUGGAUGGUGUGUAUGUCUCCCAGGUGGCUGGUAUGUUUGGGAGUGGUUUGUGGAUUCGUUCUUCAUCUCUGGUCGGUCGGUCGGGGACACACAUGAAGAUUUCUCUGGCUCUUGAAUCGUGCCUUCCCUUCUUCCCCAUUGCAGACAUCUUCCUGAACUUUGUCACCGGUCAAAGGAUGGGGACUUUGUUUCAUGCUGUGGGUCAACCAUGGCCGCCUCCCUGGUUGUGUGUGCAGGUUAUUACGACAAGGGACAUCUCAUCAUGAAGCAGCGAAAAAUAGGUGACAGAAUUUCCUACAGACGCAAUCUACACAUGAGCUCGAUCCUCUGUCGUAUUGAUCAGCCUACACGUACAGCCUCGGGUGGUGUCUCGUCGACACCCCCGCAUCGUUCCCAUACGAGUUCGUGUACGGCCUCGCGUCGGGGGGCGGGGCCAACUCUGCGUUGUCAGCCCCCAGGCUGCUCCGCUUCCUGCGUUUCGCCAAGAUGUUCCGUGUCUUGAGACUGUUGCGGGUUCUCAAGUUGAACCGGCUGCUUUUCAAGAUAGAGGAGCAUCUCAACUGGGACGCUCUGUCCGUCGCCUUUGAAGCCCUCAAGCUGGGAUGCAUCAUCGUCUUUCUUGCGCACUGGGUGAGUAACACGACAACAUGAGACGCCUGAUCAGCCGUGGCUUUACACUUGGUGAAUGUGAGCUGGUGUGUCGUUUUCAGAGUGCGUGCUGCUUCUUCGCCAUUGGUCGGAUGAGCGAGCGGCGGUUUGAUAGCGACAAGAGUGCCGACCCAGGAGAAAACACCUCGUGGCUUAUCAAAUUCCAUUUCCGUGACAAAGUGUGUAGAAGAAGCGACAUCGGUCGCAUCUCGCAAUGACUCGCAUUGGACUCGGCGUUUCUCGUCUGCCGUGUGUCAGCCUAUCGUAGAUCAGUAUGUCGCUUCAGUGUACUGGACGCUGACCACGGUAGCAACGGUCGGACUUGGAGACGUUGUGCCGACCAACACGGUGAGCAACGCGAAUCAGUGACAGAGAGCGAUGAUGUCCGUGCAUGGCUGCGUCUGCAUUCAGUAUGAGCGCAUCUAUGCCAACGUCUUGAUGGUCAUGGCCUGCGGGACGUUUGCCAUGGUCGUAGGUAAAGGAAGGAGCCGAGGGAUGCCGCAGCAUCAUGCGUUUGCAGCCAUUUAUCCUCUGUCUUGGCGGCUUUACAUGCAGGCAACUUGACAACGGUAGCGAAUCGCGCGAAUGAGGAGACCAAGGCCAACUACAGCAUGAUCAAGAGGAUAGUCAAGUACAUGAACGCACAUAACUGCCCAAGAUUCCUCAAAUACAAGGUGAGACAGAAGCCAGGCAAGGAGCACGCCGUGUCUCAUCGACUUUAAUUUGUCAGGUGAAGCGGUACUUAGAGUUCGUGUUGACGCACAGCCACCGUGCAGAUGGUGUCGCUGACGUACUAGAGCUGCUGUCGCCGUCGCUCAAAACCGUGAGACACGGAGGGAGAAACAUAUGAAGCAUUCAGGCCGUCAUGGUGUCUCGUUCAAAUUCUUCAGGAGAUGGCCAUGGCACUGGUAGGUCGGGUGCUGACACGAUUUCCGCUCUUUGCCGAACUUGGCAAGAGGUUCCUGCGCCAGGUAGUCGCACAUAGAAAAGGAUGGUCGAGGGAGAGAUUGAUUGGUCGUAUGUCUUCGUGGCCGCAGGUUGCCAUGAAGUGCCACAUGAUAUCGUUCGCGCCGGGCGACGUUGUUUGCCAGGCUGGCCAGCUCAUGACCGAAAUGUACUUUGUGAUCAGCGGUCGUGUCCAGCUGUGUGCGCCGACCGACAGCGACGCAUUUCUCAAGGGAGACGCGGGCAUACGCAUGACGUGAGAUACAAGCAACAAGGGACGGCACAGAUCGCCAACAUAGGCUUCUGCUGGUGCUGUUGCUGUUCUGCAGCGGGUCCUACUUCAACGAGGCAUCGCUUUUUGACGAGACUGCUCGGAGCAGUCUCUGUGUGUGCAGGUUGGAAGCACACAUUUUACAAAUGAAGAAGGGCAAUCUCGUUCUCGACCGUUUGUUUCUCUCUUGUAGGACGUUUUGCAAUAUUCUCGUGGUUGACAGGUAGACGCGGAUCUAGCUUUGCCAUGUUGCAGAGAUCUGACUGACAGACGUCAGUGUCCCUUUGUGUAUAGGGCAGACGUCCUCUCUUCACUCGAACAUUUCCCCGCCCUUGUCGAGAAAUACGAAAACUACCAGGAGAGGGCGGACAGCAACAAGGCGUCGGGAAUGCCAUUGACCAAGAGAAGUAGGCCAUGGAAUCUGGCUCGUAAAUUGCUCACCUGUCGUAAUCCUGCGCUUCUCUCUGCAGCGACGUGGCUCGGAAUGGCGACGACGGUGGACUCUGGGCAAGAAGGUACAUGGCAGUCGACGUGAAAGUUUCGUGAUGUGGAUCUUAUGUGCUCUUGGUUUGGCUUAGAAAAGCCGCACACUCGCGGAGGGCCGAAGGGUGCCAUCGCAAGUCUAGGUGAGCAUCUUUGGAGCAUUUCUCGCCCCCUUUGGAGCCCAUUCACGCGAUGGAAAGAAGAAUAUGAGCUCAAGCGGUCAACGACAGGUGCCAACAAUGGCGAAUUCACCCGCCAGCCACGAACGCAACCGUUAUGUCUCUCUUGUCCAUGAAUCAUCAGAUCAGAUCGCGUCUAUCGGCCAGCUCUGGUCAGCAAAGAAGGCGGCGACAAUUUGGAAGAAGAACUCGGCAAGAAGACACCAGAAGCUCGAGAGCCAGUCGUCGUCAAAUGCGGCCAAGACAGCGUCAGAUGUAGACCUGGAGACUUCAGAGGCGCUAGAAGCACUCGACACCGGCAUCAGUCAGCAGCUGAAUGUGCUUCUGGGAAACCCCCAAACGGAAGACGCACCUCAGAGUUCCGUCUCUUUGGCCCCUCGAACGGCGAGGACGUUCCACCACGCACCUCAGCUCCCUUCGCUCGUGCCGCAUCCACUGUGCGCUUUCACGGCGACUUGGAGCAAGGCGUAAGCACACAGAGACACCUCUGCCGUUCAUGCGCCAUGUCUUACCGCUCUGGUGGAAUGCAGGAGCCUGGUCCAGCAGACAACAGUCAGUCUGCCUCGUCUGGACCACGUAGUGGUUACUUCGGGCGGUAUCAGCCCGUUCCUCGGCGGGAGAGUGUCAGGAAGACAAGCUUCGGGCCGGCGAUGGCGGCCGGCAGUGGUGGGAGGGGCAGCAUGGUGCUGCCUGUGAGGGAAGUCAGAGGGGAGAGCGACAGAUGGCGCAGCUUUGUGGCUGGCCUGGAAAGCGGCAGCGUAGCUGCGGCGCUGGCCUCCGUGGCUGGGGAAAUGAUGAAGGAAAUCGACGCUAUUGCGAAGCAUUAUGCUGUCUCGCUUGCUGACGGUGAGAGGGGUACAAUCACGCUUGUCCAUCCGUGUCUCAUCUGUCGCGUGUCUUGUCGUUUGUCCGUCAGAUGUUCGUUCUCAGCUGGAGAGCAUCGAUUGUGUGUUGGAUGAGCACGGCGUAACUCUUAAGAGGCUCGAGUCGACUGCCAGGGCGCUGGCGACAAAAAAGACUGGCGGGCUGCUUUAACCAAGUGAGGCGUGCCCUUUGGUAGCUGGUCUGUGUCUCUCACGCUUUCUGGGUAGCCUGCGUGUCAUUGAUUUAUUCAGUGAGCUUGACCUCGGUAAACAGUAGCGUGUCUCUUUUUUCGCAUAUUGGUAUGAGCACUGCAUGCCUCACUCCUCAUUGCUCAUUGACGCUGUGUGUACGGCUGCAUGACGCAGCGUAGCUCCUCUCCUUUGGGACACAGAAAUGCUCACUCACGGCAAGUAGCAGCUUGACCCUGUCUUCGCUCAGCCAGCCAGGCAGCCUAUAAUA